AACCAAUUUGUGACACGUGGUCCUGCCAUGGACUAAUUGGUAAACUCAAAUAAAAGUAAGGGGUAAUUUAGAAAUUUUGAAAGUCGUUUGCUCGACGGCAGAUCUAUUCAUGGGAAAAAAAAUAACAUUUAGCGGGAACACGAUUCGUUUCUGUUCCUUUGAAAAGCUUCAUAUUUCAUUUUUUUAGGGUUUUUCUCUGCCUUUAAUCUUCAUUCACUGAUUACUCCUCAGCUUUGUUUUGUAGUAACAAUUAGUGAGUGAAUAUGAUGGACGACCCACAUUUGGAAGAUAGUCCUUAUGGUGAGAUGAGUCCGGUUGCUACUCCAACAAAUGCUUCAACUUCUCAUAGGAUGAAUCAAUCAGCAGUCAAGCAAAAGAAUGCCUCUGCUGGUCUUGGUGACGGUACACCGAAGAAGAAGGUAUCAAGAAUGCCUGGUGGGGGCCUGCGCCAGUUCAGUGUUAUGGUUUGCAAGAAGUUGGAAAGUAAGGGGAGCACCACAUAUGCUGAGGUUGCAGACGAAAUUAUAGAAGAGUUCGCCACCGCUCAGACUCAUACAGCAGGAUCUACGGAUGAGUUCCAUGAGAAGAAUGUUCGGCGGCGGGUGUAUGAUGCAUUAAAUGUACUCAUUGCAAUGGAUAUUGUUACGAGGGAGAAGAAAGAAAUCAGGUGGAAUGGACUUUCUCCUACACAAACAAAGGAUUUUGAAGAACUUAAGGCAAUGCAUGUUCAACUAAUGACAAGGGUCUCACGGAAAGCUGCUUAUUUGAAAGAUUUAGAAGAACAAAUUGCAGGUCUCCAGAACAUGAUCAAACGGAACCAGCAGAUCCCCAAGAAUAAUACAGCUCCUAAAGAAGGAUUUACCUUGCCAUUUAUAUUGGUUCAAACUAGCCCACAUGCCACUGUUGAGAUUGAGAUUUCUGAGGAUAUGCAACUGGUGCACCUUGACUUUAACAGUACGCCGUUCCACUUGCAUGAUGAUGCUUAUGUUCUGAAGUUAAUGCAUUACUACCAACAACCCAAGGGUGGAAAUCUAUCGCAAAGUUCUUCAAUUCAUUCAUCUUCAAGCUCUUGCAAAGCAUCUGGAGCCAGCAAACCAUUAUACUGGAUAUCAGAAACAGACAUCGUCAAACAAGGUAUAUCGGAGAGAUGAAUAGUAUCACUAUAGCCCCUAACAAACAAAUGUAAAACUAAAUCUUCGGUACUUGUACAUUGUUAUUUCAUUGAAAAAAAAGUAUGGAAUCAUUUUGCAUCACUUUCGAGAUCUAUUGAUAUGUUUUUAAACAUUGGAAUGAGUGGGGAGGCUUGGGGGGUUUCGUUU